GCCAUCUUCCGUCCUCCACAGCUUCAUAACCAUUCAUCCGCACGAGCACUUUGGGGUGGGCAUGAAAAAAUAAGUGCACUUCGUCACACGGGUAUCGAACCGUUAACUAAUCUCGCCUUCGAAUGUGGACAACAAUUCUUUUAACCAGUCGGGUAUCCGGUUUGGUCUAAAGCGCUGUGAAAUGUGUCCCCGAGCGGGAUGAGCUCAACACUAAUCCCUGUAGUUACAUAACAUCGACAUCAACGAAGUUACCAUCGCCACUUCUUGAUUAUGUGUUGUAUGCGAAGCAUUUAUUAGCCGAUAUAUAACAGAAAAAAAAUGUUUCACAUCAUCAGCUGUUUCAUUUUUUUUAGCCGCAUCUUCAUUUUGCGCAUUAGCUGCUGCUUCAUUCUGAAUAUUAGCCUCAUGUUUAUCCCAAGCUCACUCUGUGUAUUAGUUUAGUGUCUGCUGCAUAUUACCUUCCCGCGAGACGUUCCUUCAGUGCUUCGUUGACUUCCAGACGCGUGCCUUGCCGCCUCAGAAUAAAAAUGGAGGUGAUACAGGUGAUAUCUUAUCGCCCUCGUGUCACUAAGGACACCAAGCACGCCCUCCCACCUGCACAAUCUUUGCUGCCAGCCAAUCAAAUCGUUUCCUCUCCGUUCUAACCAGUUACUUUACGAAGUACCCGGGGCACCCCACUUUCCGGGAUUGGCUGUCUCCAUCAAAUGCAAGGCCGAGGAAAAGUCGAAGGGGUGUGCGCGGUUGGGGAGGUGGGCAGGUUUCUGGACCUGGGUAUUGCACGACGAGUUACCCGGCACCCGACGGCAUGCAUGUCAACGCCCACCUCCCUCGGAACGGUGGCGGCGUGCCGUUCGGACUUGUUUGAAUGGCGUCCGCUCAAGUUUGGAGUCGGUUAAUAACAGUUUGGACCACCCCAGGGGAAGACACUCGUCUUGCGUCUGCUGCUAAAAGGUAGGAGAUAGUCCAGCCGUUAAAUCGCCGAAACAGCACUCGCCGGUUAAUCCCCCUUGUUGUUUUCGCCAAACAGAUGGCAAAAACUGGCUCCCCAACUGGUCCAACACGCCGAUAGUUGGACAACUGCGACUAAGGUUUGGCUGCUGGUAGGACGCUGGCCUUUCGCCGCUUUGACCUAGCGGAUUCCAUGUUGUUACACUUGCUUUUCUCACAAGGACUUUUUGAGUGAUUAUUUUCCUCUGUCGAAUAACAUACAGCGCUCCAUUUUGAGCUGAAAACAAUUUGGAUGGUUAUGGACGCGGUCAACAAACCGCAGCGGAAGUCUAGAGCGUAGGACAAACACCUUGUCUGCUUUUUAAAAAGGACCAAAAGAAAAAGCCUGUCGCCAUGCAGACUUCACCUUUCGACACAGGAUACCCUUCCCUUCACCAUCACCAGAGCAGCGGUAUCUAUGGCACCGUCCCUGGUUUCGAACCGGGCGGAUUCAAGUUUCAUCCAAGCGGUUACCCUGAAAGUUCCAUGGACGCUGCUGCUUGCUACCAAAACUAUGUCAACUCCAACGCCAUGGUUCCUCAGGGGUACGGCCCGAGGGAGCCACCCUCUUACGCGGAGUCGACAACAGCUCCCCCGUCGUCGACAAUCUUCCACUCGGGCUUCAUGACAAACUCUUCGCCUGGCUACUACAAAGUGUCUGGCAGUGGUACCAGUGGAGGUGGGAGUGGGGGUGUUAUUGGUGGAGGGGGAACGAUCCGCCAGAUGGACAUGAUGGCGGACUAUGGUGCCUCGGUCAGGACUAGCGCCGUUGCGGACAACUUCCUCAUGAAGCAGGAAGUCAAUGGAACAGGAGCUACCUCAUGGACUACGGGGAGGCCCGGUACUCCGAGGACGAUCACCAGCAGCAACAGCCGCCACAGCAGUAUGUUCAGCACGGGUCGUAUCAUGCUCACCUGCAGCUGCAGCAUCAACACCAACAACAGAAGCAUCACGUCCGUGGGGGGAGCGAGCUGGGUGCUGAGGUGGGUCCGGAGGGCCUGCAGAUGGAGACUGAUGUUGCCCACAAUGAGUACAAGAUGCGCACAGAUCCCAGUCUCACCGCUAGCGUUGCCAUCGGCGCAGGGAGUUUGCAGCAGACACACCAAUCUGACAAACAACAACAACAACAAGCCACAACAACAACAGGGAACAGAAGGUCAUACGCCGGAUGAGAACACUAGUUCUCCUCGCGACGACGAAGCAGCGGUGGAAGGAGACGAUGUUUCCCCCCAGGACAACACCAGCAGACAAGGCGGCGAGGCCGAGACCCCCCCGCACUCACAGGACGGCGGCGGGGAGGAGCAGGGGAAGGUGACGGGAGGAGAGGUGAAGCCAACCUUGUCGUACAUCGCUCUCAUCGCCAAGUCCAUCCUGGAGUCGCCGCAGCGGCGCCUGAACCUAGGCUCCAUAUACGGGUGGAUCGAGAAGAACUUUCCUUACUACAAGAACCGUGAGGGCUGGCGGAACAGCGUGCGGCACAACCUGUCGCUCAACGACUGCUUCAUCAAGGCCGGGCGGUGCGAGGACGGCAAGGGUAACUACUGGGCCAUCCACCCGGCCAACACAGACUUUCUCCGCGGCGAUUUCCGCCAGCGGCGUCGCUCUCGCCGCCGCAAUCGCAAGAAGGACUGCGACCUGGGCAUGUACCACCACCACCAUCAUCACCACCAGUUCGCCAACGGCUACCUGGGGGCUGCCGCUUCCGGUGCCGCUGCCGCCGCCGCCGCUGCUGCUGCCGCUGCUACGGGAGGAGGGCUGAGCCACCAGAUGACCUUUCCGCCGACGGCAGCAGCGUUGUCCACCAUCUACUCGCCCUACACGGAGGCCGAGCGGCGGGCCUACCGCCUCGACGAAGCACUCCUGCGGCAGAGCAUGAACAACCCCUUCAUCAAGUGGUACCACCAGUCCUCCGCCUAUCCCUCCGCGUCAACGCCGCCUUCCGCCUGCAACACUGGUGUGUACAGCGGGAUCGGGGGAGUGGGUGGGGUGGGCAAUGUCAGUGGGUCUUCCCCCCAAUGGCCUCAGAGCUACUCGGACAAUGGUUCCCAAGCCGUCUACCAGCUGAACUCUUCUUUUUCCAGGUGUGAUUCAGCGGCCGCGGCGGUUCAUGACUCACAAAAACUAUGCCACACCUGGAAUAGUGUGAGGAGCAAGGCAGAAACACCCUAAAAUAACUAAAUAUGUCAAUGAAACACUUCGGGAAGCGAACCUCAGCCACAUCCAACGCACAGAUCUUCAGUGAUGGUCGACUUGACUCGGGUAGCUCCGUAGCUUGGUGAAGGGUGACAGGCCUGACAAACUACAGGACAGUGUUGUGAUCUUUGACCUCCCGAUAUCCUAGAAACCAUUGGCUUUAGUUGUGAACAUCCAGUGGUACUGCUGUGUACUGCUGCUCCCUUGUGAACAAUGGUGAGAGUCGGUCGGCGAGACAGUUCACAGAAGGACAGAAAGGUUGUCUACCACAAGAUGCCGGGACAAAUGAUAAAGACUAUGCAAGCUGACGACUGAGUGUGUGGACUGCAUUGUCUUUAUUGUAAGACAGAAAAACUCAUGUCCUCUUGUUCUGAUAUUUUGCAAUUCAGACAUUCCAAUAAUUCUGACAUUUUUUUAAGUGUACAAAACGCAUGAAGGGUUUCUCGUAAGCUGCUGAUUGAAUCAGGUUCUUUGAAACUAUGAAACCCACAUAUUUCUCCUGUUCCGAGAGUGGAACCAAGGGUUUCUAGCAUCCUGACUUCCAAGAUGUACAUUUGCCUGUAUCUCUCACAAACUGCUGACAACAUUCGCGGAUUUCAAUCUUAUUUUUCAGACUUCAGGACCAUACUUUCCUUUCAUUUCGAGAUUUUUAAACCAAGCAUUCCUUAUAUUCUGACAUUUUCUGUAACAGAGUGACACUAACAACUGUUUCAAUAUUAAAACAGGUUGUUACUUAGCAACACCAUUUGUGUAAGUAGGUUUGUAAGUAAGUGCAAAGCAAGCUCUAACACUUCUUUGACUUUUUCUGGUGCUUAGUCCACAAAAGGUAUUUGUCGUUAUCUAGAGGAGCAUCAGACCAUUCGGCAUGCGAGGAAUGCUGGGUAAAAUAGUUGUGUAAAGACAAUGAAUACGUUGAGAGACUAGGAUGUGUGAAGAUACCCGGUAAGGUUAUACACCCCGACAUCACUGUCUUCUCCUUUCACAAUUUUUCCUUUCUAGUGGACACCAAUCUUUCGUGUUUCGUGUGACAGAGAAAAUCAAAGGCUUCUGGUGGCUUACAGUCAAAUGUUUCUGGUUGAAAAUAAAACAUUAAUGUUUAACCGUUGGAAAAAAUCAUGUAAAAACGCUUAUCGCUUGUUUAAAAUGUAGCGUCCUCAAAAGAAAACAGUUUAAUAAUAAUAAUAUGAUUAAUGAUAGUAUACACGUGUAAAUGUGUCAAAGUCAACAGAUGCAUUAAGACAUGGAUAUAAUGAGUGUUACAAUGGGAUGAGAGAGAGAAAUAAGAAUGGAAGGAAGGAUGUAAUGUAAACAGGAUGAAAGGAAGAGAUAACAAAUUAAUAGAGUAAUAUAUGAAAGAAGACCAACAAACAUUUACCAUUCAGACAGAUGGGAAGGCAGGAUUAAUCAGAUGGAGCAUGAUAGGAAUUAUCUAUAAAAUGAUAUAUGUGUGUGUGUGUGCGUGCGUGCGUGUGCGCGCUUUAUUCUGUGUGUAAAGCUAAACAUUGAUUACAGCUGUCAUUGGAAAGCAUUUCACAUUUGACUUUCUGUUUGUGUGAACUUUUAGAUGAGACAUUGGACUGAGGACUGUGUGUUUGUGUUUGUGUUUGUGCGCGCGUGUUUUGGGGAGACCAGUGAUUAGUGAUCUCAACCGAGGAACAGCUGUUCGCUGGUUCAAGGCCUGUGGGUAGGUGACCCCUCACCCCAUCCUGUAAAUUUUAACAAUGGAGAUAGGUGUGGACGGAGAGAUUUGCAUGUCCAAAUACUGUCCCAUUGAGCCAUAGACACGUUGAACCAGUCACCUUUACUGCUGCUUUGAACUUAUUGUUUUGGUGAACCCUCUGUGUGUGUAAGAGAGAGUUUAUUACCUGCAGUAAAACCUACCAGCAAACACAAAAUACAUCCCCACCCCUGGAAUCACAUCGUUGACGAGUACACAGAGGGAGCGGGUAGAGGAAAAGGACUGUCGCCUGAUGCACGUGCAGGCGCCACCCCACAGCUCGUCCAGUUCCCUCUAAUGGGCCAUCCGUCCACGUCAGGCGCACGACGGAUGGAGGUCCAGCAGGACAAGCAAGAACUGUAAUGCAAUAGCCGGCAGUCCAGUAACAAAACGUGGGAAACCGUGGCCAACGAUUGCCGAAGAUUCGCAGGGCAUUCCUGGGGCGAUAGGGGCGAAGUGG